AUGGCGAUCGUUUCCUCAAUCAUGUCCACUUCAGUGGAUCCUUCUUCUUCAAGAAUCUGUGUUCCUCACAAUACAGAGAAGAUCUUUGGUAACAAUGCAAAGUCAAAGCCGACCUAUCCUAGAUUUUGUACCUCUUCAAGAAGAGAUGCCAAGUUGAGACUAGCGGUUUCUUCUUCGAGAGUGCCAUCUAAGCUUAUCCAUGAAGAAAAACACAUGACUUCACCAAAAAAAGGACAUGACGUUUUUGAAGAAAUCAAGCAUCGGUUCCUGACCUUUAAGAAAGACAAAUACAUGGAGAACUUGGAGCGGUUUCAGAGUCUAGCCAAGAGCCAAUCCCCAAAGUUUAUGGUGGUAGCUUGUGCAGAUUCAAGGGUUUGCCCUUCAGCAAUCUUAGGGUUUCAACCAGGAGAAGCAUUUACCGUUCGAAACAUUGCAAAUAUUGUACCCACUUACGAGAGCGGUCCAUCUGAAACAAAGGCUGCACUGGAAUUUGCUGUAAAUUCUGUUCAAGUCGAGAACAUUCUUGUGGUCGGUCAUAGUCGCUGUGGAGGCAUCCGUGCCUUAAUGACCAUGGAUGAUGAUGAAACAGAAGAAGACAUAGACUCAAGGAGCUUCAUCAAAAACUGGGUUGUUGUCGGGAAAACCGCAAGAUCAACCUCGAAAUCAGCUGCUUCCGGACUCAGCUUUGAUCAACAAUGUCAGCAUUGCGAAAAGGAAUCUGUGAACUGUUCGUUGCGGAAUCUAUUGUCGUAUCCAUGGAUAGAAGAGAGAGUGAAGAACAGAACUUUAUCGAUCCAUGGUGGUUACUACGACUUCACCGAGUGUACGUUCGAGAAAUGGACGGUUGAUUAUCAGGAAAGAAGCUGCGGCGAGAGCAAAAUCUCGGUUAAGGAUCGGUCCAUCUGGAAAUGA